AUGAGUCCUGCCCAUGGUCGCUCAGGCAAUAGGAACUUUACUGAUCUGGUGAUGGAGGAAAGCAAUCACCUCAGCGACGACUUGCCGCUUCCGCCAGCCCGGCUUUUCGACCGUCUUAGCCAGCUGCCGGGCUAUACAUGGGACCAGUCGGUGGAGCCCUUUCACUCGACCUAUAACCACUGGCACAUCACUGGGUUCCGCCAUGCUAUUGAAGCAGAUCUAUCUACCCCGGUCGCGACCUCUUCUAACCCCGCUUCGUCCGGCCCAUCCAGCCUCACUCGCAAUUCCCCACGUAUCGACCUUCGUCUGGCCGCCCGCACCCUCAACCGGCGCCACAGUGUCAGUGAAACUAGCAAUACUGGCGACAAUUCUACACUCCUUGUGGCCAUUUUUGAGCAUCCUGGCCAUGACAUGUUGCGAGAUAUAGUCACCUUCGGCCCAGCAUCAUUUGUUGCUGGCGCAAGAGGCGACAAUAACGUAACCCCCAACGAACAAGUCGACCUGCCCGCUUUUUUAGAUUUUGCUGUUGGUGCCUGUGAUUGCCUAGAGAUACUGCAUUAUGGGAUGAAGACGGUGCACGGAGAGAUUCGUGGUGACGCUUUUCACUUUUGCGCUGAAACCGGGGCUGUCAAGCUCUCAAAUAUCGGCAACGGUGCCCGCUCAUUUGACAAUGUUCUCAGCGAAGGUUGGUCCUCGGUUUCCCGAGAGCUUGGUGCCAAAUACAAGUUGCAAUUCAUCGCGCCUGAACAGACAGGCAGAAUGCCCACAGAACCGGACAGCCGCACCGAUAUCUACGCCCUGGGCCUUUUCUUUUGGUCAAUGCUGGUUGGAAAAUUGCCAUUCGAGGGCACGGACCCUAUGGACGUUGUUCAGAAUGUACUCGGCAAGAAGUUGACACCCAUCUCUUCUAAGAGAAUGGAUGUACCUGAUGCACUUUCGGCCGUGAUCCAGAAAAUGACACAGAAAGGGGUCCAUGAUCGCUACCACACCAUUUCAUCUGCCAAGAAAGACUUGAUGCAGAUCGCACACUUGUUAGGUGAUGGGGACGGCGAAGCUUUGAAUAGCUUUCGGAUUGCACAGCAUGAUGUCUCCUCAUUUUUCACCCUUCCAUCACGAAUGUUUGGUCGACAGAGAGAGUACGAACUUAUUUGCAGCGUGAUUGACAAGGCCAAGAAGCGCCAAUCAUCUGCUCUUGCCAAAGCAUCAUCACAAAGUCCAGGAACCGCGCACGCACUAGCUUCAACAUCGUCCAUUUCGGACGGCCGUGUUGACAGCUUUGAGCUUGCCUCUAUGUCAAGUGAUUCUGGAUCAUUCCACCUACCACCUCGGACGAGCUCUAAUGCGACAAGCUACCAUCUGGCCCAUGUCGGCACUCAUGAAUCAACUGUUACCAGUGACGCGGCUUCCUCGACACCCAAAUCUGGGCCAACCCCAACCAGUCAAGAAAUACCCCCGAAUUCAUUAUACAGCAAAACGAAAAGUCCUUCUCAUUCUCGAUCUUCUUACAACACUGACAGAGAGAGCCAUCUGUCGAUCCACGCCGGUAGCAACAGCCAGCAUUCAACCAAUGCCUUUAGUCAACAUGACACUCUGGGCUCUCUAGCAAAGCAGAAGAGUUCAGCAAAGAUUCGCCGAAAUGGACGAUGUGAAGUCAUCACGAUCAAUGGCGCUGCCGGCAUUGGAAAAACGGAUCUCCUGAAUCGGGUACAGCCAGUCAUCCGUAAAACCGGGUUUAUCGCUAUCUCAAGGCUUGAUCGUGCGAAAAGAGUCCCGUUUGAGCCUUUUGCCAAGAUCCUUGCUAGUCUCUUGCGUCAGAUUUUCUCUGAAAGAGAUGUCACGACCGAAUAUCAUGACAGUAUCCGAACCGCUCUACGUCCAAUAUGGCCUACACUUCACAAAGUGUUGGAUCUACCCGAACAACUCAUGUCGCCUGGUGUGAAGUACAAGCCAUCAUCACUGCGGACUGCUGCCAGUUCACAACCCAAUAUUGACCCUACCAAGGGUGAACCAGCUAAGCGUAUCAAUAUUCCCUGGAUUGACCAGGGCCAAUCAUCGGUAGAUUUCUUUUUAUCGAAUGCAGCAUCAAACAAUAUGCGUCUCAUGGAUAUCUUCUUGGAGAUAAUGAGAACAAUAUGCCAGUACAGGCUUAUAACUGUGUGCUUGGAUGAUCUCGAGUAUGCAGAUGACGAGACGCUGGAACUUGUUCUGAACAUCAUCAGGGCCAAGUUGUCUUGUGUACUUAUCCUCACAAGUCGCAAGGAUGAGAUUGCCUCCGAGCAAGUGAAAGCUUUGUUCGAGAUGGAAAGCUCUAACGUUACCCGCAUCGAUCUCCAGCCACUUGGAGAAGACGACAUCACAGAGUUUAUUGCUGCCACAAUGCACCAAGAGCCCAAUUCGACACUUACUCCACUCACUGCAGUGAUCCAGGAAAAAAGUCGAGGAAAUCCCUUUUAUGUGAGGGUGAUGCUUGAAACCUGCUAUCGGAAGAACUGCCUGUGGUAUUCCUGGAAGGACUCGCAGUGGCUUUUCGAUCUCGAUAGGAUAUUUACGGAAUUUGUGGCCCCCGUUUACGGCGAAGGCCUCGGAUUGGGCUUCCUCACGAAACGCCUACAGGAGAUUCCAUCUGCUGCGCGAUCAAUCAUGGUUUGGGGUGCUCUUUUGGGAAGCCCAUUUUCAUUCUCGUUGGUCCAGAAACUUCUGACGAGCGAAUUUCUUUUCUCCUCGGACGACGACGAUGGAGACAUUGAUCUCAGCUGUCCGCGAAAUUCCACGUUGAUGAGACAAUCGGAAGGUGAUAUGGUUGUCGGUCUGCAGUACUUGGUUCAGACGAACCUUCUAAACACGGGCAAAACCGAUGAUGAGUUCAAGUUUGGCAAUGACCGCCUCGCACAGGCGGCUCUGUCGUUGGGCGAAAGCCGAAACGUAGAGAAAAUGCACUUUAUCAUUUCUCAGACUCUGAUGAAAUACUAUCAUGACUCUCGAAGCCUGUAUUCGAUGGCUCAUCACGUCGCCCUCGCCUCACGAACCAUCAAAUCCCGAGUUGGCCGAAGAGUUGAUUAUCGACGAAUCUUAUGGGAAGCUGGCCAGACAGCUGCACAGUCCGGAGCCCGACCCACUGCUCUCUGGUAUUUCCGCCACUGCAUUGCCCUUCUUCAAAAUGACCCUUGGGACCCUCGCAAGAUUGACGUUUACUACGACGAAACUAUGCGUCUAUUCAUUGCGACAGCAGAAAUGGCGUGGUCUCAAGAUGCCGUGAGCAAGUCAAAGGCUUGGGUGAUCAAAGCCAAGAUAUUUGCUCAACUGGGGGAUCAUCCUCGGUCGAUGGAAUCACUACUUAGUUGCCUGGAUGAGCUUGGAGUUCAUCUCCGUGCCCCAACCUCAUACGAGGAGUGUGAUGCCGCCUACCGCAGACUGAAAUCGUAUCUUCAAUCUGCAGACUUUGAUGCGAUCUUGCAGAGGCCGCUCAGCAAGGAUCCCGAUGUGGUAACGAUAGGAGCUGUCAUGUCUGAGGCAAUGGCCGUCACAUAUUGGGAUGAUGCUUUAACCUUCUACCGAAUGGCCAUUGAAAUGAUGAACAUUCAUAUUUUCAGAGGGGGAUUCACGCAAAUCUCCAUCGGCUGUUCCCAUCUUGCCAUGAUCGCCUUGAGCCGCUUCAAGGAUCUCGAAUUUGGUGCCAAACUUAGCGAUCUUUCUCUCUCACUGCUUGAACGUUGUUCUGAGCUUUGGACCCAGAGCCGAGGUUCAAUCGUGCAUAAUCUUUAUGUUAGUCAUCUCCGAGUCUCUAUGGAAUCGACCUUGCCGGCCGUUGAAGCUUCGCUCGAGGUUUCAUUUUCAAUGGGGGACCCGUAUAUCACUCUUGUGAGCAUUUCGUCAAUGGCCAUGACUAGGCUCUAUCUCGGACACGACAUGGCCCAACUGGAGGUGUUUUGUGUCGAAACCCCAGAAGAAAUUCCCUUUUGGGGCAAGGACACGCGCGGUGGCGCUAGUAUAUUAGGUGUUCGACAAGUUGCGCGAUCCUUGCAAGGCAAAACAGAUUAUCGGUCCGCUGACAACGUCAUGUCUGACGACAACCACAAAACAAGUUCGUACAUGGCCUAUCUGGAAGCCAACGCCAGUAACGUCGACAGGCCUCGCGAUAUUUACCUAGGUCUUUCCAUGAUCCCCUUGUGUCUCUAUGGUCACCAUACCAAAGCCAUUCAGGUCGGAACACGGCUCCUAGACACCGCAUACAGGCUUUGGUCUUUACGAGUGAAUUACGCAAUUUACUUCUAUUUGGCUGUAUCAAUCCUGACACUUCACAACGAAUUUCCGUCCCAAGGCUAUCUCGACGGCAAAAUGGACACGGUUCUACGAUACAAGGAAGUGAUUGACUUUGCUAGGACAGCCUCAGAAGCAAACUAUGGCAUGUGGGCCUUGAUACUAGAGGCCCUCCUAUCUGAAGUUCGAAAUGAUCAUAGUGCUGCAAUUCAGGCCUAUGAAGCCGCAACUGACCACUCUCAAAUCCAUGCAUGGCCAUUGGAGGAGGCGCUUGCCCUUGAGUUGCAGGGAGAGUUCUUGGUGAGGCGCGGUGCAAAACGAGCUGCUCGAUCUGUUAUGUUAGAUGCCAUCGCAGCGUGGAGCUCCAUAAGUGCCAGCGGAAAGGCUUCAAUGCUCGCAGAGAAGCAUGAAUGGCUCCUCAAAACUGCCACAUCUGCCAGAACAGUCGAUAUUGGCUGCCAAACAGUUGACUCAUUACUCGAAAUCACCCGUGAUGCUGCCCAAGAGGAGAAUGUCAUUCCUUCGCAGAUUGAGGAAGAUGAAAGGAGGCAGCGUUGGAUCGAGCAAAACGGUGUCACAUCAGGCGAGAGGUCCAUGGAUAUCUCAAGCGUCGGGCUAGACAUCAUCGAUCUCUCCAGCAUCCUCGAGUCUAGCCAGGUCAUGUCAUCGGAACUCCAGAUCGACAAACUCUUCACAAAAAUGCUAGAGAUUAUUCUCGAGUCCUGCAACGGGUCCGAUUUUGCUGUCAUUGCCACGGACUUUGACGAACAUGGCUUUGCCAUUGCCGCAGCUGCAGACGCUGAAAAGGGCCAGAAAUCAUAUCCAGAUGGUCGGCCAUUCUCUGAACUAGAGGGUCGCAUGGCAGAAGGGAUCACUCAUUACGUCAUGCGUACAAAGGAAGAGGUUCUCGUUCACAAUGUACUUGAGGACGAGCGCUUCUCCAAUGUGAAUGAGGCCUACCAUGCCAACUUUCCCGUGGGACGAUCCGUCAUCGCUCUACCGAUUGUCCAGGCAGAUCAUCUACUUGGUGUUAUUCAUUUGGAGGGAAAGCCAAAUUGGUUUACCCAACGAAACGUUGUCGUUUUGCACCUCUUGUGCAACCAGAUUGGAAUUUCGCUAUCGAAUGCAUUGCUUUUCCGCGAGAUUCGCAAGGUUAGUGCCAAGAACGCUUCUAUGAUAGAAUCGCAAAAGCGCGCCCUCGCACAAGCCCGCGAUGCAGAGCAAAAGGCGAAGGUGGCCGAGGCCGAGGCCAAACAUAACGUCAAACUCAAGGAAGACGCGGCCAGAGCAAAGUCCAUCUUCCUCGCAAAUAUCUCUCACGAUCUUCGUACUCCCAUGAAUGGCGUUAUUGGCCUCUCUGAACUACUGAAGGGUACCCAGCUCAACAAGGAGCAGGAUGAAUAUGUGGAGUCCAUUCGUGUCUGCGCGGACACUUUACUUACGCUCAUCAACGAUAUUCUCGACUUCUCCAAGCUGGAAGCUGGGAAGAUGAAGAUUUCCACAGUUCCGCUCAAUCUCAAGGAGACAAUCUCCGAGGUUAUUCGUGCACUUCGAUAUACCCACCGAGAACGCGAUCUGGACACAAUUGAGGACCUGGAGCGUGUUCCACCAGAGCUUGUCGUUCUCGGAGAUCCAGUUCGUCUCCACCAAAUUUUCAUGAAUUUGCUGAGCAACAGUUACAAGUUCACGCCUAAGGGAUCCAUCACGGUCAAAGCGAAGGUUGCUAGAGAAGGCAAAGGACGUGUUCGCUUGGAAUGUUCAGUUUCCGAUACCGGGAUCGGUAUUCCCGAGGAGCAAAAGGCGCGCUUGUUCCGGCCCUUCUCCCAGGCGGACCCAUCAACGGAAAGGUCCUACGGCGGCAGUGGACUAGGCCUCAGUAUCUGCAAAGCAAUUAUUGAGGAUGUUCUUGGGGGUGCCAUCUGGCUUGAUUCCGAAUCCGGUAUUGGGACUACAGUGACAUUCCACCUGGUAUUCAAUAAAGCGCCCAAGAAGACAGCCGUCAAGGCGGCCUGGUCCCAGGAUUUGAGCCAGACAGAACACAAAGAAGAGGCCAAGGCCAAGGCUCGGGACCUCACCCAAAUCCCGCGCGACCAAAUCAAAGUUUGCAUUGCUGAAGACAAUCCUAUCAACCAAAAGAUUGCAGUCAAAUUUGUGAACGGACUUGGCCUUUACUGCGAAGCCUAUAGCGAUGGGAAACAAGCCGUGGAUGCAUUGCGUGCGAAGUCCAAAGAGGGCAACCCGUUCCAUAUCGUUUUGAUGGACGUCAUGAUGCCUACGCUUGAUGGAUAUAAUGCUACCCGGGAACUUCGGCGAGAUCCCGAUCCGAACGUGAAUGAGGUUCUCGUCAUUGCUAUGACUGCAAGUGCCAUCGAAGGCGACAGAGAGAAAUGCCUUGAGGCUGGCAUGAACAAUUACCUUCCAAAGCCAGUACGAUCCCCAAUUCUAAGCGAGCUGUUGGACAAAUACCUUGCCCCCGUUCCUUCACAUCCACGCACCCGACUCGCGAUUCGACAAAAGGGAUCAAGGGGAAGUAUUGGGCCCGAUGCUGGUACCCCAACUAGCUUCUCUUCGUCGGGAUCCGACGAUAUUAAACAUACACCAUUUUCAAACUCUGGGGGAAAAUAG